UUGAUCAAAAAUUGCAUUUCAGAGACUAGCGCAUUGUCAUUUGGUGGAAGACCUAUAGGUGACAAUGAAUAUCCAUGGGUUGUAUCCAUUAAAUAUGGAGGAGCUGAGCAACUGAUCUUUACAUGCAGUGGGGCUCUUAUAUCGUCCCGCCACGUACUGACAGCAGCUCACUGUGUGAGAGAAGUCAGGAAUAGAACUGUACUAGAACCGGAAGAAUGCAAGCGAAUAGGAUACAAAAAUAAGAACAAGCUCGUUGCCCCACUCAGCGAGUUCGUGGUCGCAAUCGGAAGUAUCUGCAAGUAUCCAUGGUUUUGCACGGAGUAUUACAAAAAAAAAAUAGCCAAGGUGAGACAUUUUCGUGUCAAUCACAUCCCUUUGAGGUGA